AUGGCUGAAGUGCCCAUUGUGCUCGAUGGCGGAACGGGUUUCCUCAAGGCUGGCUACGCCGGUCAGGUACGCCGACCUAAAUACACGUCCACAUACCACCCAGUCCUUGCUGAAACGCCGACCUUGUGCNAGAACUUCCCCGAGCAACAGUAUCCGUCCAUCGUCGGUCGCCCAAUCCUCCGUACCGAAGAGCAGGCUGGCCUAGAUGUCCAGCUCAAGGACAUCAUGUGCGGUGACGAGGCCGCUGCCGCCAGAUCCAUGCUCCAAAUCACCUAUCNNCCGUACGCCACGCUCAAGACCUCUCUCAGCACCCCCCACACGUACUAA